GAGUGAUUGAGUGGUAAAACUGGAAAACAGAUUAAGAGAUUUUCCUCAUGAAGUUUAAAUUAUUCAUUCUGAUACAUGCGUGUAUCAUGCAAGAGAUACAAAGUAAAAUAAGACUGUACCUCACAUGGAAAGUAAAUAAUAACAUGCUGAUAUUAUCUUGUAAAGUUGAUCAACUGCAGUACGGUGUCAUAAUAUGUGAUGACAACGGCAAAGAACAAGCGGCAUGCUUGAUACCAUCAUCUGAGCAAAAAUGCUUUACAUUUCUUCAGAAAGCUCACACUGAACAAAAUUUAAAAACAAAUACUACGACAUUAACGAUACCAAUAGAUCAUAUGGAAAGAUCUUUGAAUGGUAAUUGGACAUGUCUUCAUGGAAAACAAGACAAAGCCAAUGCGGAAGUGAGCAUGUUGUCUACAACAGUUAUGACCUGCCUGCAAACGUUCUCAUUAUGGACCUUGAUAGGUUAUUUCUCUACCUUCUUAAUAGUACACAUUUUUACGAUAAUGUCAAGCUGUUGCCAUAUAAAUGAUUUUACAACAUGUUCUAGCUAUUUGAAGGGACAGACAACAGGAAAAGUCAAAGCUCUGCAGAUGUCUUUAUGCAUUUUUAUUAUUGGAUAUCUGGCUGCAUUACCUAUAUACAUAACACUCAAAGAUACAGCCGUUUCGAUUUCUUCAAAGAUUUUUAUUGCUGACGGAAUAGUGCUUGGACUUAUGUGCCACAUUUUGAUAAGAAUACGCAAUUUAGGAGGCAAAAAACAAAUGCUCCAAUCUUUGGAACCUUUUGACGAGAUGCCGUUAACGAGUCCCCUUGAACUAAUACCAGUUGAUGAAAAUGUUGUAAUUCAAAAUACAUUGACUGUUGUGCCACAGGAUACAAUUUUAUCAAAUUUUUCCUCAGAAGAGAUGACGCCGAACAGGUCUAGUGUAAAUGAUUUAAUACCAAAUAUAACGGACCAAGAAGGAAUAAGAGAAUCACAAAAAUUGACAGAUAUGAAUAAUGUUGUGUAAUGGUAUACAUAUAGCAUGUAAAAACUGAAACAAUAAGACAUAUAUUUCUGUUUUCUCUUUCA